UUUGCUUUACCUUCUCAAGAAGAUGCUCGGGAAGUUCAAAGGAGAGUGUGAACUGUGAAGUCAACAAGAGUUUCAGAAGAAGAACUAAGUUUAGCAUCUUUCACGCAUGGAUUCUCGCAGGAGUUUGGCCCAGAUGAACUCUCAGACUUCGUAUGGAGUUGUAGGGAAUUCCAACGAGGAGAAACGAGUUAUAGAAAAAGCAAGGAGUUUGCUCAACUGGUUGACUGAGCGGAACUUUGACAAGAUAAAGGAUGAGAUCGUCCAGACCAUUAUAAGAGCGUCCCCCUCUGCUUUCGUUAUCAAGUCUCUAGUGUGUUUCAUUUUAGAUAUGGCGAUGGUGGACAGUACUGCCAAUGUCUUAUUCGCUCGUCUAUCCGUCCAUCUUUUUCACUCCCUUCCUCCUUUCCCAACAGCUGACUGUCACGGCGAGAUUACCACUUUCGAGAGGCUCUUCUUGUGUAAAUGCCGAAUGGAGCUUGAACACCCAUCUCCUGAAACUGAUAGGCAUGCACCACUUGUUUACGUUGACGAAUCUGACUGUUGGAGAUUUAUCAAGACCGUGCGUCUCUUGGCUGAAAUCUUCAAGAAUAGGAUGCUCUCCCAAACUACUCGCCAAAGUAUUAUUCAGGUGCUCAUGAAUCCCAUCUUCCCACCUGAGAGGAACACCGAUUCUAUGAAUUGUUUUCUGUCCUUUGUUGGAGUUCUAGCUGACUUUCAAUUUUGUGAUGAAAAUUUCAAGCAGCUAGUGCAAAAUUCACGGGCUGUAGAGCUGGAGAGCAGUUACAAUGAACAAGUCACGCUUAGGAAGGAAGCAGAAGAUGCACUUGCUAGAAAUGAAGGAGCACUAGAUUUGAUGAAACGGCUACUUGAAUCUUACAAGGAAGACAAAUGUAAAUUGCAUUUACAUGCUCAAGGUUUGGAGCAAAAGUACCAAAAUGAGUCAAAGCUUCGGAGAGAAACAGAAUGUGCGCUUGCAAUAGAAAGGGAGAGCAUUGCCAAGGUAAGGCUUCAACUAGAAACUCUGGAAAACGAACACAAUAACUUGCGGUUGAAAGCUGAGGAGCUCGAGAGCACCUACACGGACGAGCUGAUUCUCAGGAAAGAAUCAGAAAUUGCACUUGAUAAAGAAAGGAAUGAGUUGGAGGCGAUGACGCAAGUGUUUGAAACUUGUAAGAUAGAACAAGAGAACCUGACCUCGCAGGUCAGAACUUGGCAGGACAAAUACGACCAAGAGCUGAGCGUUAGGAAAGAAACAGAGGAUUCUCUUUCCAGACAAAAAGAAGAGCUUGGGAUAGUCAAAGGACUACUAGAAGCAUACAACCAAGAAGCAGAUGCAAUGCGAGAAGAGAGGGAUAGUGCUCUCCAAACAGUACAAGAGCUCACAAGAAAGCAUUUGGAAGAGCGUCAACCACCGCCCUCUUUUUACUGCCCCAUCACACAAGAGGUGAUGAAAGAUCCACACUUUGCUGCGGAUGGAUUUACAUACGAAGCAGAAGCUAUUGAUAAAUGGUUUAGCACAGGUCACGAUACGUCACCCAUGACAAAUCUCAAGCUUCCUCAUCGGAACCUUGUCCCAAACCGCGCUCUCCGGUCUGCUAUUCAAGAUUUGAGUUGAUUCUUCUUCCAGUUCUCUAUAAAACUGAAAUUUGGUUUCUCUCUACCUCUACUACUGUAUGAUAUAUGAACCUUGACUUAUUUUGCCAUCUGGUUUUUG